GUUUUCCUAAAUACCAAGUCUCAAAAUUAAAUUCCAUCAAAACUUUGUGAAAUCCCCUAAUCUGAAAGAAAACCAUAAGAAAUGGCUUCACUUUCUUCAAAAUCAAAUCACGUUCGAUCAAUCAGUUUGCCUAGUUUGCCUGGGAGAUCACACCCUACCAUCCAGAGAGUUGAAGAGGAGCUAAAGAAGCUCAAAUCAUUAGAAGUAUCUGUUGCACCAACAACAGUGAGCAAUGGUCUAAAAGGUUUGGAGAAAUUGUACAAGUGCAUAGAUGAUCUUCUCAACUUGCCUCAAACCCUUCAUGCCCUCUCCCAAAGUCUACAUGCAAAAUGGGUUGAAGAUCUAUUGGAUAAAUCAAUGAGGCUUCUUGAUCUGUGUGGCACUGCAAGGGAACUUGUAUCACAAUGCAAAGAAAAUGUAAGAGAUCUCCAAUCCUCCCUCAGGAGGAGAAAAGGAGAUUCAACCACAGAUGACAACGUUACCAGAUUUACCUCUUUCAGCAAGAAGAUCAAGAGGGAUGCCAAAAGAUUAGUAUUUACCUUGAAAAAAAUGGAUCAAGACACUACAGUAUCUGUUUUGCUAGAUGCAGAUCAAGAUACAAUAGCUGUGAUUAGCACUAAAAGAAGCUAAUGCAGAAUGCAUUUCAACUUUCCAAAUGCUCUUGUCCUUCUUGUGUGUACCACUUUUGAAGCCUAAGGAAUCUAAAUGGCCACAGCUUUCAAGAUUGGUAAACAAAGAAAGAAUAGCAUCACUAGUCUUAGAAGAAAAGAUGAGCUUAGAAACCAGGCUCGAAAGCUUUGAGACGUAUCUUGUCAGCUUCGAAGAUGGAUUGGAAGCAACAUUUAGAUGCCUUUAUAGAUCUAGAAGCUCGCUACUCAAUGUUUUCUCCUGCUAAUCUGGCAGUUGUUAUUCCAUAUGCUGUAAAUUGUAUAUACACAGUUUUGUAGUUAUGUGAGAAAUAUACAAUCUUCCAGCGAUUGGUUAUACAUCAAUGUCAUGUCUCUUUCUCUCUAUAUAUAUCUAUAUAUUAUAUUAUACAUGAAUAUUGCCAUAAACUGUGCAGUAGGACUGUAAUUCAAAUACCUGAAU